AUGCUUGUGGUGGUGAUGGUGAUGCUUGUGGUGUUUGCGGUGGGGAUAGUGAUGCUUGUGGUGUUUGUGGUGGUGAUAGUGAUGCUUGUGGUGUUUGCGGCGGGGAUAGUGAUGCUUGUGGUGGUGAUGGUGAUGCUUGUGGUGUUUGCGGUGGGGAUAGUGAUGCUUGUGGUGGUGAUGGUGUUGCUUGCUUAUGGUGGUGAAGGUGAUGCUUGUGGUGUUUGUGGCGGUGAUAGUGAUGCUUGUGGUGUUUGCGGUGGGGAUAGUGAUGCUUGUGGUGGUGAUGGUGGUAUUUGUGGUGGUGAUGCUUGUGGUGUUUGCGGUGGGGAUAGUGAUGCUUGUGGUGGUGAUGCUUGUGGUGUUUGCGGUGGGGAUAGUGAUGCUUGUGGUAGUAAUGGUGAUGUGUGCGGUAAUGGUGAUGUUUGUGGUGGUGAUUACCCAGAAGGCAUUCCCGGACGGAGAAAAAGGCGAUCCAAUUACAAGCAAUACAAGGUGCACAAAUAUGAUUAUAUUGUCUAUACCCGAGGGGAGUUUAUACGAACAAAAGAUGAAAUCGGUGGAUAG